GCACAGCCCUCGACAGUGCGGGUGCUUGGCACCGCUGGCAAACUUGAGGCCUGCCAAUCUCCGCACACACAGCGGUGCAGGCUAAAAGCGAUCAUUCACGCGUAGCAUUCAUAGCCACCUUUCAUCACCUGCAGCAGCUUGCACGAACGCCCGCGCGACGUGGAGUAAUCAUGCAUCGGUCAGCACUCCUGCUUUGCCUUGCGGCCCAAGCGAGCGCAUUUCUGCCGCCCGUGGCGAGACAAACGAAACACACGCGCGUCCGCGCGGCCGACGACGAGCCCACGUCGCUGGGAGGCGCCAUGUUCAAGCAAUUGUUCGGCGGCGUGCAGGAGGCCGUCGAGCGCCUGCAAGGCGGCGGCACCGAUAGCACACGCGACGUGCGGUCGACGGACGUCGCCGCGGGCCGCGCGGCCGCGAAGAAGGAGUCCGGCGUCAUCUCCGACAUCGACAAGCGCGCCCAGUCGGGCGACGUCUCCUUCGAGGACUUCCUUAAAAUAGGGAGGACCUUCAAGCAGUUCAAAGGCAAGGUGCCAGGGAUGCCCGGCACGCUCACGGACGACCAGGUCCAGGAGACCCUGAAGAAAUUUGAAAUUCAUGAGAAGAUCGUCAAUGCGAUGACGGAUGCGGAGCGCGCCGACCCGCAGAUCAUGCUUGACGACGUCGAGAACACCGACGAAAAUUGCCCCUUGAUCCAGCGCGUCGCGAAGGACUCGGGCUGCGCGGAAAAGGACGUGGCGCUCUUCCUGGCGGACUUCGAGGCCAUGCGCCAAUCCACGCAGCGCAUUGCUGCGGGAGAGGAUCCCGACGCCGUCAACGCGGACAUUGGCUCCUCGAACCGGGCCGAGCGGAGGGCCUUGAAGAAGCAGAAGAAGAAGAAGGGGGGCAAGCGGAGAUAAGUAUAGCUUC